UACAUAUAUUUUAUUAAUAUUUUAAUUUUUUCUGACCAAUGCAAUUGUCUUAUUCCUUUUUUACGUAAAACUCUUCACCCCAAUCCUCCGCCGCCGCCCUAUUGUUCAUCUCUGCCGCCGCUCUGGUCAAUCUCCUCCGCGUCUCCCUAAAUCAUCUUCCUAAAAACAGUGAUUGAAGGCGAUUUCGUGGCUGUAAUGGGGGCAGGAGGGAGGGAGAUGUCGAUUUCAUUGGAUGGUGUGCGGGACAAGAAUUUGAUGCAGCUGAAAAAGCUCAACACUGCCCUGUUUCCCGUUCGGUACAACGAUAAGUAUUACGCCGAUGCUCUCGCCUCUGGCGAGUUUACGAAAUUAGCCUAUUACAGUGACAUCUGUGUUGGAUCCAUUGCAUGCCGUCUUGAGAAGAAGGAAGGUGGAGGUGUUCGUGUAUACAUAAUGACGUUGGGUGUUUUGGCGCCGUAUCGUGGGUUAGGCAUUGGUUCUAAGCUGUUGAAUCAUGUGCUUGAUCUUUGCUUGAAGCAGAGCAUUGGCGAGAUCUACCUGCACGUACAGACAAACAAUGAGGAUGCAAUCAAGUUCUACAAGAAAUUUGAGUUCGAAAUCACGGACACAAUCCAAAAUUACUACACAAACAUCACUCCACCGGACUGCUACGUCGUCACCAAGUUCCUGAACCAACCCCAGCCCAAGAAGUAAAAGGUUUCAGCCUCUCAAUGGAGCUACACUAGUACUCUCUGAUAGACUAUAUAUAUAAUCCAGUUUUGGGAUCUCAACAUUAUUGGCGUGUCAUUAAUCAAUUAUUCAUUGGGGUUUCUGCUAAAAGAUCAUCUAAUGUCUGAAAACCAGUUUCUGCUGAGUACUAUUAGUCGUUCGUUA